UCCUGCCCAGAACUGUAGCCCGCUCCUGCCCACACUUCGCCUUACUUCUCGGAGGGGUCCUCGGGCGAUCGGCGUAGAGAGGGGCUACAACAGAAAGCCCAGUCCCAGCCUGACCACCACAGAGCCCUGCUGCCAAAAAGUUCCUGCUGCCACCCCUGACCUCUUCUCAGCAUAGGACAAGGAUGGAGAUACCUUUCGGCUCCCGCUUCUAUGGUUGUUUGGCUAUGUUUGUCUUCCUGCCCUCCCUGAGCCUAGCACAGUAUGAGAGCUGGCCCUACCAACUCCAGUACCCCGAGUACUUCCAGCAGCCCGCUCCCGAGUACCAUCAGCACCAGGUACCCUCCGAUGUGGUCAAGAUCCAGGUCCGCCUGGCGGGCCAGAAGAGGAAGCAUAAUGAAGGCCGCGUGGAGGUCUAUUAUGAAGGCCAGUGGGGCACUGUGUGUGAUGAUGACUUCUCCAUCCACGCUGCCCACGUUGUCUGCCGGGAAGUGGGUUAUGUGGAAGCUAAGUCCUGGGCAGCCAGCUCCUCCUACGGCCCAGGGGAAGGGCCCAUCUGGCUGGACAAUGUCCACUGCACUGGCAAAGAAGCAACCCUGGCAGCCUGCUCCUCCAAUGGCUGGGGUGUGACAGACUGCAAACACACAGAGGAUGUGGGCGUGGUGUGUAGUGACAAGAGGAUCCCUGGGUUCAAAUUUGACAACUCAUUGAUCAACCAAAUAGAGAGCCUAAAUAUACAGGUGGAAGACAUCCGGAUUCGGCCUAUCCUUUCCGCCUUCCGCCAUCGCAAGCCUGUGACAGAGGGCUACGUGGAGGUGAAGGAGGGCAAGACCUGGAAGCAGAUCUGUGACAAGCACUGGACAGCCAAGAAUUCCCACGUGGUCUGCGGCAUGUUUGGCUUCCCUGCAGAGAAGACCUACAACCCCAAAGCCUACAAAACCUUUGCCUUGAAGAGGAAGCUGCGCUACUGGAAGUUUUCUAUGAACUGCACGGGCACUGAAGCUCACAUCUCCAGCUGCAAACUGGGCCCUCCCAUGUCCCGGGACCUUGUGAAGAAUGCUACCUGUGAGGGGGGACAGCCAGCCGUGGUCAGUUGUGUGCCUAGCCAGAUCUUCAGCCCCGACGGGCCCUCAAGGUUCCGGAAAGCCUACAAGCCAGAGCAGGACCGUGUGUCUCUCCAGCAACCCUUGGUGCGGCUGCGAGGUGGAGCCCAGGUCGGGGAGGGCCGAGUGGAGGUGCUCAAGAAUGGAGAAUGGGGAACCGUCUGCGACGACAAGUGGGACCUGGUGUCUGCCAGUGUGGUCUGCCGAGAGCUGGGCUUCGGGACUGCUAAAGAGGCUGUCACGGGCUCCCGGCUGGGGCAAGGGAUUGGGCCCAUCCACCUCAACGAGGUCCAGUGCACAGGGACCGAGAAGUCCAUCAUAGACUGCAAACUCAACACGGAGUCGCAGGGCUGCAGCCAUGAGGAAGACGCUGGUGUGCGAUGCAACAUCCCCAUCAUGGGCUUCCAGAAAAAGCUACGCCUGAACGGAGGCCGCAACCCCUAUGAGGGCCGAGUGGAGGUACUAACAGAGAGAAAUGGGUCCCUUGUGUGGGGAACUGUAUGCGGCCAGAACUGGGGCAUUGUGGAGGCCAUGGUGGUCUGCCGGCAGCUCGGCCUGGGCUUUGCCAGCAAUGCCUUCCAGGAGACCUGGUACUGGCACGGGAACGUCUUUGCCAACAAAGUGGUCAUGAGUGGAGUGAAGUGCUCGGGGACAGAGCUGUCCCUGGCACACUGCCGCCAUGACGAGGAAGUGGCCUGCCCUGAGGGUGGAGUGCGGUUCGGCGCUGGAGUCGCCUGCUCAGAAACUGCGCCUGACCUGGUGCUUAACGCAGAGAUUGUGCAGCAAACUGCCUACCUGGAGGACAGGCCCAUGUUCUUGCUGCAGUGCGCCAUGGAGGAGAACUGCCUCUCAGCCUCUGCCGUCCACACCAACCCCACCACAGGCUACCGCCGCCUCCUGCGCUUCUCCUCCCAGAUCCACAACAAUGGCCAGUCCGACUUCCGCCCCAAGAAUGGCCGCCACGCAUGGAUCUGGCAUGACUGCCACAGGCACUACCACAGCAUGGAAGUGUUCACCUACUAUGACCUGCUGAGCCUCAACGGCACCAAGGUGGCUGAGGGUCACAAAGCCAGCUUCUGCUUGGAGGACACAGAGUGUGAGGGAGACAUUCAAAAGAGUUACGAGUGUGCCAACUUCGGGGAACAAGGCAUCACCAUGGGCUGCUGGGAUAUGUACCGUCAUGACAUUGACUGCCAGUGGAUAGACAUCACCGACGUGCCCCCUGGAGACUACCUCUUCCAGGUUGUCAUUAACCCCAACUAUGAGGUGCCAGAAUCGGAUUUCUCCAACAACAUCAUGAAGUGCAGGAGCCGCUACGAUGGCUACCGCAUCUGGAUGUACAACUGUCACGUGGGUGGCGCCUUCAGUGAGGAGACGGAACAGAAGUUUGAACACUUCAGUGGACUUCUAAAUAAUCAGCUAUCUGUGCAGUAAAGAAGACCCUGGGCCAGGCAUGACGGCUCAUGCCUGCUAUCCCUGCACUCAGGUCAAGGCGGGAGGAUUGCCACGAGAUUUCCACUCCGGACAUUAGAUCGAACUUCAGUCUCAACAAAAAAAGAAAAAAAAAAAGAAAGAAAAGAAAAAAGACAAAAGAAAGGAAGAAAAGAAAAAUGACUUCAUGGUCACCUACUGAGUUCAGGUGACAGUGUCUCCUGGCCGGAUUACCAGUUGCCAUCUCCCGACUAGCCAGCUCCGGCUGAGAAGAAAGGUGCUCCUUCAUUCACCAGGCACGGCUGCGUGUCCCUGUCCUGAGGCCUCAGGGGCAGGGGCUUUGGCACGUGGCUAUGGGAACUGGAAGGCAAGCUAUGAGCAGGUUAUCCCAUCCAAGUUUUGGCAUAUCCAUAGUGUGACAUCACCACGCUCUGCAUAGAUGGCCCAUUUUCUUCUGGAGAUGUGGCAGGUGUGAACCACGUAACUGCGGAGGUGGUCAAGCCGGCUUCCAUUUUCCCCUUCUUAGGUCAUUUCUGGAAAACUUGAAUAUGAAGACCUCUGUAUUAAGUGUUUUUUUUUUUUCUCUCAUUGUACAAACUUCUUGACCAAAUCAACUUGAGGAAGGAAGGCUCUAUUUGGGCUCGUGGUUUGAGGACCCAGUGCGUUGUCGUGGCAGAAAGGGCACUGCAGGGAAGCUUACAGUGUCUGGUUUCAAACUCACUAUCUAGCUGAGGAUGACCUUGAACUUCUGAUCCUCCUGUUUCUACCCCCAGAGUGCUGGGGAUGAAACCCAGGACUUCAUACAUGUAAGGCAAUGUGCUCUUUAACAAUUAGAGCUGCGUUUUCAGCACCCACCUUUCUCAGCUGCUUUAAACAUGAGCGUGUUCUUCUCCUUGCCAAACUGCACAUUUUUCUGUAUCUUUCUGCUCCACCUGCUCAUCUUUUUUUUUUAACUGUGGGCCUAAAUAAGAGCAGUGGGCAGAACCAUACAUACCACAGCCUGAAUGCUAGCCCGUCUUAAAACGUCCCCUGCCAAAGAAAUUAGUCCAUUGCUCUUAAAACCCACUCGAGUGCUCAGAAAACAGGCAGGAUACAGCUGGAUUAUUGCCAGGGUAUAACUCAGUUCCAGAUAGCCCAAUACUCCAGGGCCCCACUGAAACCUCAGGCACCAGGCCUCCAAUGUCCACCUUUCUCUUGGCAUUCUGGUCUUCCAAACUCCCACCAGAAUAGCCCAUUCAGCUCUGUUCUCAGCACUCUAAGGCUUUUUGGGCCCAGAAUUCCAAACUCUUCCAGAUUCCUCCCUAAAACCUAUUCUCAAAGCCCAAGAACUCCGUGGCCAAUACUAAUCUUGUAUUCGUCACUUUUCUCAUUACUGCGACAAAAUGCUUGACAAGAGCAAGCUAAGGGAGGGUCACUGUGGGCUUAGAGUUCAGAGUACAGUCCAUCCUAGUUGGAGAGGCAUGGUGGCAGGUGCAGAGGGCAGGGGUCACACGGUGGCCACGGUCAGGAAGCAGAUUGGUGAAUGCUGGUGCUUCAUUUGCUUUCGCCUUAGUAUUCCGCCUCCAACCCGGGCCCGAGGAAUGGUGCUACUAGUGUUAACAUGGGCCUUCCCUCUUCCACUAAACCUCUUCGGGAAGCACGCUCAGAGACCCACCCAAAGGUGUUUCCCAGGUGGUUGUAAUCCCGUCCAGGUGACUAUCGAGGUUACCAAUCACGACCUCUUCCAGUUAAACCAACUUCUGUAUUCCAGGCAGUUAAAGCCACACUUUAAAGUACAGUAGCAAGACAUGCAUUCCAAGACUCCAAGGGGGAUGACUGAAGAUUUGGAUGGUUCUGCCACAGGACAGGAAGAGAAAAUCGUGGGGACAUGGGAGGGGCCCUUCACCUCCAAGUCUGGCUGAAGCUCUUGCCAGCUGACAGUGCUGGCACAGAUAACAUUGUGACUGGUGCUAGUAUAGAAACAAUAUACAUUUUACAUAGAGAUCUUUCAAGUAGGAACGUUAAAAUAGCAAGGAAUUAUGACGUAUAAAUGGCCUUUCUCCUGUCUCAGCUGUAAACCUACAAUUCCCAAGAACUUUACCAGAAAUCUCAAGACCCUUGUGCUGGCCUCACGACCCAUGGUUUCACCUUAUCAGGGUACAGUCCUAUCCCAAGACACCUCUGGAGCUACCCUAUAAUCUCAUUAUCAAGAGGGGAAGAGGUUAGGAGUGGGACUUAGAAACCCAUCGAUAAUACCAAAGGCUUCCAAACCCCUGUGUAGAGCUAGUUCCUAAGACACGUAGGAACCACUGCCCUUUGAGAAGCCCCCACCCAGCUCUCAGGUGGGCCUUACUCUUUCCCUGAGCACCUCUUAUUCCCUGUAACUUAAAUUUAUAUUUAAAAUAUUUUAAAUAAACUUUAACUCUGCUUCUUU